AGUCUUCGCUUGAACGUCGCACAGCGUACAACGCUUUCAGCUCAAUUUUGAUACUAUUCAUAUAUAAACAUUUAUAAUAUAUUCGAUUUGACGGCGCGUUCGCUUCGUGUGUGCAACGUGUUAAAUAUUUUUUGGCUUUUUAUUAAAUAAACAAGGCGCACGCAAAAGCCCUCAACAUGAAUGAUUUAUCGCCGGUACAAGAAUACUAUAAGGACAAGACCGUGUUCAUAACGGGCGCGUCUGGUUUCAUGGGCAAGGUGCUGCUGGAGAAGCUGCUCUAUUCAUGCCACUCGCUCAAAGAGGUGAUCAUCAUUUGCCGACCCAAGCGCGGCAAGACGCCCGAAUCGCGUCUCGAGGAGAUGUUCAAGCUGCCCAUCUUUCAACGUCUCCGCGAUGAGCGUCCCCAUAUGAUGAAGAAAGUGACCAUCUAUCAGGGCGAUGUCACCUACGAUUUGCUGGGCCUGAGUGGCGAAAGUUUGAAGCAUGUCGUGGAGCAGACGAAUAUUGUGUUCCAUAUGGCUGCCACACUGAAGCUGGAGGGUAAUCUGCAUGAUGCUAUCGAUAUGAAUCUGCAGGGCACACAGCGUGCUCUGAACGUGGCCAAGGAUAUGAAGCAGUUGGAGGCAUUUGUGCAUCUGUCGACGGCAUUUUGCAAUUGCGAUCAGGAAGUGAUGUACGAGAAGGUCUAUGAGUUUCCACACAAGCCCGAGGAUUUGAUGCGUCUGGCCGAAUGGAUGGAUGUCAAGACAUUGGAUGCAGUUACACCCGAUCUGCUGAAGCCCCAUCCCAAUACCUAUACCUAUUCGAAGCGACUCGCCGAAUUGCUGGUUCGUGAUCAUUACGAAACGAUGCCGGUCAUUAUUGCCCGUCCGAGUAUUGUGACGCCCGCUGUGGCGGAACCGGUGCCUGGUUGGGUGGACAAUAUGAAUGGACCGACAGGUGUUUUAAUUGGCGCUGGCAAAGGUGUCAUUCGCUCCAUGAUAUGCAACGGUGAGCUCAAGUCAGAGGUUAUUCCGGUGGACAUUGCGAUCAAUGGAUUGAUUUUGAUACCCUAUCACAAUAGUCGAGUAAAGCAGAAACCCGCUCUUAUACCCGUCUAUAAUCUGACCAUCGACGAUGCUAAGAAGCGCACCUGGAAAUGGAUAAUGGACGUGGGCCGUGAGCUGGGCAUCAAAUAUCCAUUUGAGGUGGGCCUCUGGUAUCCGGAUGGGAAUAUGACAUCUAGCAAAGUGUAUCAUACCUUCUGUUCCAUUAUGUUCAUGUGGUUACCUGCUUAUAUUAUUGACUUUCUUCUGGCCAUCUUUGGACAGCGUCGCUUCAUGGUUCGUGUACAAACAAAGAUAUCCGUGGGCCUCGAGGUGCUGCAGUUCUUUACCACACGCAACUGGGACUUUAAAUCAACUCAUUUUGAGCAAAUAUACAAUGACAUAACCGAGGAAGAUCGCAAAAUCUUCAAAAUCAACACAAACGAUGUGGACGAUUAUGAAUAUAUGAAGAUCAGCAUUCUGGGCGGACGUCAGUAUGUUUUGAAGGAGCCCCUAACUUCAUUGCCCAAGUCUCGCAUACAGCUAAGAUUCAUGUAUGUGUUGGAUCGCGUCUGCAAGACGCUCAUAACUGGUGGCUUUAUCUAUUGGGCCGCCAAGAGCUUGGGACUGAUUGAUCUAGUGAGCCAUGGCAUUGAGGCAGUCGGCAAACGUUGACAGACAUGAGAGUACUCGAAUUAAAACAAUCCAUAACUUGGCUUAUCUUUAUACUUACAUAUGCACCUCAACAUUUUUUACAUUUGCUUGUCAAAGCUUGAAGCUACAAUUUUUAGUUUUUAUGAAUAUGCAUUUAUCAUUAAAGUUUCAUUAUUAUAUACGAA